AUGCUGCCCCUGCUCGCCGCGCUGCUGGCCGCCGCCUGCCCGCUGCCGCCGGCCCGCGGCGGGGCCGCGGACGCGCCGGACCUCCUCGGGGUGCCUCCCAACGCCUCCGCCAACGCGUCGUCCGCGGGCGAGCCCGCCGCCCCGCGGCUGCUGGCCUCGGCGGCGCCGGGGAGCCCCGAGCGCCCGGGCCCGGAGGAGGCGGCCGCGCCGUGCAACAUCAGCGUGCAGCGGCAGAUGCUGAGCUCGCUGCUCGUGCGCUGGGGCCCGCGGGGCUUCCAGUGCGACCUGCUGCUCUUCUCCACCAACGCGCACGGCCGCGCCUUCUUCGCCGCCGCCUUCCACCGCGUCGGGCCGCCGCUGCUCAUCGAGCACCUGGGGCUGGCGGCGGGCGGCGCGCAGCAGGACCUGCGCCUCUGCGUGGGCUGCGGCUGGGUGCGCGGCCGCCGCCCCGGGCGCCUCCGGCCCGCCGCCGCCGCCAACGGGGCGCCCACCGCGCUGCCCGCCUACCCCGGGGCCGAGCCGCCCGGGCCGCUGUGGCUGCAGGGCGAGCCGCUGCACUUCUGCUGCCUGGACUUCAGCCUGGAGGAGCUGCAGGGAGAGCCGGGCUGGCGGCUGAACCGCAAGCCCAUCGAGUCCACGCUGGUGGCCUGCUUCAUGACCCUGGUCAUCGUCGUGUGGAGCGUGGCCGCCCUCAUCUGGCCGGUGCCCAUCAUCGCGGGCUUCCUGCCCAACGGCAUGGAGCAGCGCCGGACCACCGGCAGCGCCGCCGCCAACGCGCCCGCCGCCGUGCCCGCGGGCACCACCGCCGCAGCCGCGGCCGCAGCCGCCGCCGCAGCCGCCGCCGCGGCCGUCACCUCGGGGGCGGCGGCCAAGUGA